ACCUACCCCCAUCCCUCAUCCCCAUUCUCAUUCCCAUUCCCAAACUUAUUGCAUAAAUGGUCGCCUCCAGCGUCCUUGGUUUCCCUCGUAUCGGUGCGAACCGUGAGGUCAAAAAGGCUGUAGAAGCGUACUGGGCAGGAAAGAUCUCUGCCGAUGAGCUCACAAAGGCUGCCCUUGAAGUCAAGAAGUAUAACUGGACAAACCUGAAGGCGCGCGGCGUCGAUUUCAUUCCGAGCGGUGACUUUACGCUCUACGAUCACGUCCUCGACCAUUCAGCCGCAUUCAAUGCUAUUCCGUCCCGCUACACUGGCUUGGGCCUGUCGCCCUUAGAUGUUUACUUUGCUAUGGGCCGAGGUAGACAAGCGGACGGCGUUGAUGUCCCCGCCUCUGAGAUGAAGAAAUGGUUUGAUUCGAACUACCAUUACGUCGUGCCGGAACUGUCGGAAGCAACCGAGUUCAAACUUCUUUUCAACAAAGCUGUCGAGGAAUUCAACGAGGCAAAGGCAGCAGGAGUUACCACCCGCCCCGUUGUUCUCGGUCCCAUCUCCUACCUUAUUCUUGCAAAGGCGGGGAGGGAUGCUUCGCCAAACUUCCAGCCGAUUACACUUCUCGAGAAAUUGCUGCCGGUUUACAAGAACCUCCUGACCGAAUUGAAGGCCGCUGGUGCAGAGUGGGUUCAGAUUGAUGAACCUAUCCUUGUUCUGGACGUUGCUGCAACUCUAGCAAAAGAAUAUGCGACUGCAUACGAGGCUCUCGCGCCAGUGUCACCUAAAAUUAUCCUGGCGACUUACUAUGGCCGUCUUGAGAGCAAUCUUACUUACGUCGCCAAAUUACCAGUUGCCGGCCUUCACAUCGACCUUGAUCGUGAACCUGGUCAGCUCGAUGCCACCAUCGCUGCCGUGAAGCCAGUGGGACUUGUCCUGUCCCUCGGUCUUGUAUCUGGCCGUAAUGUAUGGAAGAAUGACUUCGUCGCAUCCAUCAAAUUGGGCCAGAAGGCUGUUAGCGAACUCGGCCAGGGUAAAGUCCUCGUUGCUACUUCAUCUUCGCUCUUGCAUAUUCCGGUGACGCUUGAGUCCGAGACUAAGCUGACUCCGGAGCAGAAGGACUGGUUCGCUUUCGCCCUUGAGAAGGCUAGUGAGGUCUCGACCCUCGCUGCAGUUCUGUCCGGCUCGCAGGAUGCGAAGGUUACGGCUGCACUUGAAGCUAACAAAAAGUCUAUCGAAGCCCGGCGGAGGUUUGAGGCCACCUCGGAUGAUGCCGUCCGCAAACGUGUUGCUUCUAUUACGGAUGCUGACCUCCACCGUAAGAGCGCAUUCCCCAAGCGUUGGGAAGCGCAGAAGUCCCUUGACCUGCCGAAGUUCCCGACGACAACCAUUGGUUCAUUCCCACAAACCAAGGAGAUUCGUUCUGCCCGUCUUAAGCUCGGAAAGGGCGAGAUCACUUCUGAGCAGUACGAGGAGUUCAUUAAGAAGGAGAUUGAACAGGUUGUUCGCUUCCAGGAGAAGGUUGGACUUGACCUUCUCGUACAUGGUGAACCCGAACGCAACGACAUGGUUCAAUACUUCGGUGAACAGCUAAACGGCUUUGUCUUCACCCAAAACGCCUGGGUUCAGAGCUAUGGAUCUCGUUAUGUCCGCCCACCCAUCAUCGUCUCAGACGUUAGCCGACCGGGACCGAUGACUGUCAAAUGGAGCAGUUAUGCUCAGAGCCUCACCAAAAAGCCCAUGAAGGGUAUGUUGACGGGUCCCGUCACGAUCCUGAACUGGUCUUUCCCACGUGCGGACGUUUCAAAGGAGACCCAGUCCCGCCAGCUCGCACUCGCUCUCCGCGACGAGGUUAUUGACCUUGAGAAGGCAGGAAUUAAGGCGAUCCAGGUCGAUGAGCCUGCCAUCCGUGAGGGUCUCCCACUCCGUCGCGCUGACUGGGAUGACUACCUCCGCUGGGCCGUGGACACUUUCAAGCUCGCAACAGCUGGUGUCUCCGAUGCCACGCAGACACACUCUCACUUCUGCUACUCAGACUUCAACGACAUCUUCCCUUCCAUUCAGCGCCUUGACGCGGAUGUCAUCUCCAUUGAGGCGUCCAAGAGCGACAUGAAGUUGCUUGCUGCCUUCAAGGCAUACGGUUACUCGAACGAGAUCGGCCCUGGUGUCUACGACAUCCACUCCCCACGUGUUCCUUCAGUGGAAGAGAUCCAGGAGCGCAUCAAGGCUAUGCUCGGACUUCUCCCCGACAACCUGCUCUUUAUCAACCCCGACUGCGGUCUUAAGACACGUGGCUGGAAGGAGACCGAGGCUGCCUUGGCCAAUGUUGUCGCUGCUGCGAAGUGGGCUCGUCAGACCUACGCUUAAAUGCCUUUCUAGCGCUUCAACAGCGCCCGACGUUCGGGUAUAACUUAUCGUUUGUCUUCGAUUUUAACAUGGUGACGACGUAAAAUAUCCUUGGGUGGUUGAGAGCGACGAGUUAUAUGUAUAUGACUGGGCACUCCAUUUCAACUGGACAUGCUACCAAUCGCUGCGCUUUGGUGAGCCGAUUUGCGCUGGCUUUGCACUUCAGAGCGCGUAAAAAUAGGUUAUUGGGAUGUGGAUGUAGAUUGUAGGAUUUCAACAAUCCUGGGGGGUUUCAACAACCCUGGGCAAAGUAUUGUAUUGAAUAAUGUAGAAUUAGUCAACAGUCACGAUCAAUAAAAUUAACGGAUACUCAAUGUCUUUGAGAGUAUAACCGCCGCGUAA